AUGCAUCAGAUGAAACAUCAAAAGUUCAGAGAUCAGGGAAGAAAAUGGAGAAGAAGCAAGAGAAAAAGCAUGAGCAGCAGAUGGAGAAAAGGCCAGAGAGUUCUCAUGAAGACAAGAAGGUAAACUCAGAGGGUCUCCCAGUUGAGGACAGUCCUUACGUGAAUUACGGAGACUUGGAGGAUUACAAGCGUAAAGCGUAUGGGACUGAAGGUCAUCUUGAGCCGAAGACUGGCCGUGGCGCUGGUGCCAGUACUGAUGCGCCAACUAUUUCUGGCGGAGCUCUCUCCUCUUGAGACUUCUCCUACGGCAACUAACACAACUAAUGGUGUUAUAGUCCCUUAAAAACAAUAUGAUGUUUUUAUAUAUCUAUAUUAAAUAAAGAAAGAGCACUUCGUUAA